AUGCAGCAGAGUUCGCACAACGUCGUGUUUGGCGACCCCUUGAAGCCCGUGAAGCUCGACGAUUUCCGCAAUGUCCUCAUACGGCAAGAAGAGACCACUAUCUUUGCGUUAAUCGAACGCGCGCAAUUCCCACGUAAUUUGGAGGUUUACGUCAACAUGUGUGACAGCACAAGCGCUGCUUUUGGAGGCUUGAAAGGCAAGUAUCGGACAUUUGACGGCAGUUUGCUGGACUUUAUGCUGCUCGAGACGGAAAAACUGCACGCUUUGGCGCGCCGGUACAUGUCUCCAGACGAAAAUGCUUUUUUCCCACAUCUUUUGCCGGAACCGAUUUUGCCGGUCGUGAACUAUCCACACAUCUUGACUCCCAAUCGAAUCAACAUCAACAGCCAGAUCAUGAGCGUGUACCAGGAGAAGAUUCUGCCUGGACUCACGACGAACGCCAGUGAUCACACGUUGUAUGGAUCUACAGUGACGGCGGACAUUGCGGUGUUGCAGGCACUGAGCAAGCGUAUCCACUUCGGCAAAUUCAUCGCUGAAGCCAAGUUCCAAGCAGAGACGGAGCGAUACACGAAACUCAUUCUCGCAAACGAUGCCGACGGGAUCAUGGAAGCACUCACUGACUCGACAGUUGAAAAGAAAGUGCUCGAACGCGUAAAGCUGAAAGCUUCGACGUAUGGCCAGGACCCCAACUCUCCAGCGACGUCGAGUGAUAAAGAGCUGAAAGUGGACCCGCAGCUCAUCUCGGAUUUGUACCGCGACUUCGUGAUGCCUCUGACGAAGCAAGUGCAGGUGCGGUACUUGCUGCAGCGCGUCGCACACUCUUCCAUCGCUGUCACGGGAGUGGAAGGAUCGUUUUGCUGGCUCGCGGCUCAGGCUCUUUUCGGUGGCGAAACCCUUCAGAAGGAACAACUGCUGCCAGCUGAAUCCAUCAGUAUGGUCUUUAACGAUGUCUGCUCGAAUCGCACAGCGUACGGUGUCGUUCCGAUCGAGGAUUCGCGUCUCGGGAUGCUGAAGGAGACACAGGCGCAGCUCAUGCGUACCUCGCUGAAGGUAUCCGCUGAGCUCGUGCUUACGCGCUCAUUCGUAUUUGCAGCGAAGGACAAACUAGUCAACCCGAGCUCAGACGUGGCAAAGGUAUUCUGCCCACAAGACACUGACGCGUGGCUGCUAGCUCAGGCAGAGCAAAGCUGGCCAAGCGCGCAGGUAGUCUCUGUAUCCAACGUUACGGAAGCUGCGGCGCGUGCUUUCACCGAAGCGUCAUCGGUUGCAGUGACUACGUUGAGCGCUGCAGAGUCGAACGGCUUGGAACAGGUUGAAAUGAGCCACGCCCUGGGGUCUGAUGGUCGUGCAUCAGAAGGCAGGUCAUCGUUUAUCCGCUUCGUGGUGAUUUCAAAGCACUACCCCGCAUCCACUGGAAACGACAAGUCAUGUCUGAGCAUGAGAAUCAAGCACGAGGUGGGCUCUCUCCUCAAUGCGUUGGAUGUAUGGAAGAAUCACGGCAUCAACCUCACAUGUCUCGAGUCCAUAUACCACCAAGAACAGGGCGGCUACGACUUUUUCGUCGAGGUCCUGGGCCAUUUUGACGACGCCAACAUGCGUCAGGCUGUCGAAAAGCUGCAGUCCGUUUGCACCGUCAAGCAUCUCGGCUCGUUCCCGAUAGUGAAGCGUCUCAUUCAGAGCUGA